GCUGAGUUCUUUUCCCGUUGAUUCUACAGCGUAGCGAGAGUUCUGCUCUCGUGCCCGUGUGAGACGCGAUCGGUCGCGUAGUUUCGCGAUAAAAAAUAAUGUUCAGACUUUGGACCAGAAGCUCAACUCGGGGUCUAGCGACCGAUUUAAACAAACGUACGUCUUUUUUUUUUUAUCAGCCAAGAGAAUGUAGCUGUCGUUCGAGUAACUCGUGUAAAUUUAUUUUGUAGUUCAGAGAUCGCACUUUUCCCAAGUACGGACUAGCUAACUGGCUAAUUCGCUGCGCAUCACUGUGAGAUUAGCCGCGGAGGCUAGCAGUGCGCGCUCACGUCUUGGCGAGAGUACUUGGUUGUAAUAAACGCUAAACAACGAAGCAACUGGUUGAGCCAAACAUAAUGGUAUGGGUCAAAGGGAUAUCACUGCGUUCGAGGCGUCCAUGAAAAGGAAAAACGGAAUUCCCAGUGUAUCUAUGUGUCGACUGGAAGUGGAGUCCACUGCUGUGAAGAAGGAAGUUGAGCCCGGCGGAGAUGGUGCCCUUUCCUCGUCAAGGUACAUGUUGGGCAGGGGGGUGAAACGUAAGCUGAGCACAUGUGAGGACCCUGCCCAGGACUUGCCAUAUCCUCAGCAGAGGCAGCUGGUGCUGGACUUGUGUCUGGACAAGCUACAAAGCUGCCAGCGGCGAGCUGAACCCAGCCUGCACCGCUCGGUCCUGCUGGCCAACACCCUCCGCCAGAUUCAGCAGGAGAUGAGACAGGAGGGGGAAACCUGUUUGCCAUUAGCCCCGCUCGGCCCCUCGCUCCCUCAUGCCUCGACCCCACGCCACUUUCCUGACCUGCCACCCGUGCCCUUAGACUGUCCUCAGCCCCUAACCGGAGCACUGUCCCCUUCAUUUUCCCUCACAACGACCGAGGAUGAGGAGGUCCAGUUGGGCGGUGCCGAAAAUGAGACUCUUUUGCCAUCCUUCGCUGGUGAGAACGACACAAGGUCGACGGAUUCUCUCUUCGGCUCAUUUGAGAUUACAAAUUCCACCAGCUACUUGACAGACUUGGCACUAGAUGACAUAUUUGAGGACAUCGACACGUCAAUGUACGACUCCGCAGACGUUUCUGUUCUGCCGUCUCCUGCGCAGAGAAGCAGUGGGCUGGAUGAUGGCCUCAAGAGCCUUUCCAGCUGCAAUUCCAACAGCAGCCUGCAGCUAUGUCUCUCUGACCUCAAUGACCUGGACCACAUCAUGGAGAUCCUGGUGCACUCCUGAACUACAUCUUGCACCACAGUGUCCUCAUUCAGCCAUCCCGAUGUUUUCUAUGGAAAAUGAAUAAUACAAUGUGUUUUCUUUUUUUAAACAAACAAACAAAUAUUUUAUCUAUUUUUAUACAAAGGACUGCUAUAUUUAUAUAUAAUAAAAGGAAACUGCCUGACACACUCUCACUGUAGGAUAAAUGCACAUUUUUAAGACUUUACAGAUGGCCAAGCUUAUGCUGCCAUCCUUCAUAUUUAAGCAAACUAAGAUAUGAAUAUGCAGGGACUUCGGAAACAAAUAUAAAGUAUUACCAUUGACACUUAUUUAUAUUGAAUAGUGACUUUAAGAGGAGGAGAUGGAAGAAAAGUGGAUCAUAAUGGACGCUCAGUAGCUUUUGAUGAGCUAAACAACUUUUUUUUGUGAUCUCCACUGUAUUCUGAAGCAUUACAUUUACUGUCAGUAAUUACAAUUAUCAGAUCAUGUCAUACACAUGCAGCACUCACACUACCUCUCAAGAUACCAAGAGCUCUUUCUCUAUACAAAGACUGUCAUUGUUACAACUGUAUUUGAAUGGUUUCUCUCCAAUAACUUUCAAAAAACUGCUGAUUGUUUUAUAUAUGGCUCUGUGUUCACAGGAAAGCCUCUCCUCAAAUGGUAGGAUUCUGUCCAAAGCUAUAGCUGUAGAAGAAACGCUUUUGUUCCAAUCUUUCUAUUCAAAACUUUUUUCGAAACCUUUCUGACUCUUCGUUUCAGAACGAGCUGUUGCUUGUGUAAAAAGUGAUAUAUUUUCGAAUCGCUUGGAAUUUAAUGCUAUUUCUACUUUUCAAGUACAUGAUUGUCAGACACACAGCCACCGUCGAAUCCCUCGUAUGAACAUAGUGCCUACAAUGGAGAAUGAAGACUGCCGACGAUGAACUGCACACUGUGGACCCGCACGUAGACUUGCCUGAGUUUCCUGCUAUGAACUUCCCCUAUGAAUUUCCCAAUGUGGGCUGCUUUUUUGAGCAUUUAGCAAGAUCCUCUAUCCUCUAAAGAAGCCAUUACCCAAAUGUGGGUCCACAUCUCCUCCAUACUGUCCUUCAUUGUGAUCUGCACUGCAAAAAUGUUGCUGAUUGUGGAUAUCUGUGGAUGCCUCUUGUGCUGUGGUCUCGAAGACCGUUUCUGAAUGUCAAAGCUUACAAGCUCGCAAGAAGCGGAGAUCAAUCCAAACUGGUGUCUCACCUGCUUACUUUAUUCCUCCCAUCACAAGUUUUGGGCCACUUUGAGCCAACUCAACCACAACUUUAAGUUAUUAGUUACUGCUACAACACAAGAUGGUUGACCAGAGCAAAGGCACUUCAUUUUUGUGCUGCAUUAACAUCCAUUGAACAUCAAGUCAUUGCAGUAGAAUGCGAAGGGCCACAAACUGCGGUCUGCAUUAAGACAGGGCAGAGACAAGGGGGAGGGGAAGAACUAGAGAGCGAGAUUAAGGGGGGGAGGGGGGAGUUAAAGCAAACAGCUCCUGUCACGUGGAGAGCCGUGCUAGUGGUAAACGCUACAUUGAGAGUUUGACAACAGCUGGUAUGUGUACACUCGCAUUGGUGCGCUCACAAUAAGCCCCGCCCCCAGAGAGGCCCCGAGGGGCUCCGUUCUCCUCCUGACCAAUCGCUUUCAUUCAAGGGAGGAGCUUUGUUUCUUAUGUGGAAUAGAAUAACAAGUAGAAGCAGUUCAAUUUGGUAUGUUCACUCUGGUUGGAAUGUGUUUCCUUGCCUAUGGAUGGCUCUCUCUGAUCAUUACUGGCUUGUGAGACAUGUUACAGUCUUAAUUUGGGUUAAAUUUAGGCAUUCCAACUAAAUUACAAUGAGAUAAUCAUUUAAUAAUAAAAACUACUCGCAGAGUUCAAGGUUAGCAGCAUAGAAGGGCUUCAUGGGUUUUUGGUAGAAACAGGCCUGCUCGUCCUCUUUUAAACUCAGGCUCGCAGACGCCCCACCCUGCCUUCCUCCUCACAAGACACAUGCACCGCCGCAGAGAAAACCCGACACUCACAAAGUUUACACUCAGAUUUUAGAAAUCAUGCUCGUGUUAGAUGGUAACCAUAAACCAGAGAGACUGUAUGGUGAGACCGUCAGCGUUACAUCAGCAAGCUGUUUUUAAUGCUGAGAGCUGUGGAUCUAAUGAGUGUGUAGCUUUUUAAGCUUUGUAAGCUUGAUCAUUUUGUUUAUUUCUCUUUUUAUUUGUGGUGUUUGUGUAUAUAUAUUUGUAUUUAUACAUUUUCUUGUGUUUUGAUUUGUUGUUGUUGACUGAAGAUCAUGAGAUAAUAUAUUGCUUUUAUUUAAGAGUGAAAUAUGAUCAGUAGACUUCGGUCUUCAGGAGGGUUUAUUUGUUUUUUUGAAGCGUGAUUUGUACUUCACCUCCUCUUCUUAGUAAUAAUUAACAUGUACAUAGAUGAUGCAGAAUUAUGAAGAGAUGUUUAUCAUUGAAAUAUUUGUAAAAGUUUCAAUCUGUGCUGACUCUGAACUGAACAACGAUGGGAUCUUCUUUACUGUGUGUUCAGUUCCCUUUGGACCAGGCAGUUUAGGCAGCUUUUUAACUUUUUAUGCUAAAGUGGUUAACUUAAUCGAGGAGAGCUUUCAGUUGUUGGCCUCAUUUAAAUGUAAUGUCUCCUGCUGCUUGAAUUUCAGUCUCUUGAAGGACAUUUGUUUUACAAUAAUCAGCCCCAGGAGCCUCUGUUUUUAAACUAAUGUUCAUUAUGGGUUAGUCUCAGCAUGUAUUGCAGUAAUGCACAGAGCAAUGGUGAAAAGUGGUUCACACUGUGUUGUAAACUUGUGAACGGCUUACUCAAAUAAUGUACGGUAUGUUUGAUGUACCGGUUGCACAGAGAAUACAAAAAAGCAGAAAGA